AAUGUUUCUUCGCUUUAUGUUCGACAAUAUCAACACAAAUAGGAUAGUCGACUUGUGAUUUUUUUUUCGUGGGGAAUUAAAAAAAAGUCAUAGCUUACAUAUUUAUUCAGCCUCUAAUUUUUGCACCUCUGUCCCGUUGCCGCCUCAAUGCGUUGAGCAUGCAACCUUUGAUGUUCAGUCCGGUGCGCCGACUCGGUUUCCGAGCAGCAAGCUCCGUGAUCCGGGCGGCAUCCCGAGGAUGGAAAAGCCCAACGACGUGCAAGGGCUGCCAUUGCCACCGCCGGAUCAGCAGCUCCCAUCGUAGCCCUCAACGCCCCAGCAUGACCGGUGAAGGGUUACCACAAAUGGCUAGCCGACCUCAAAACCGCGUCGCGGCUGCGUAUUACCGAGGCGGCACGUCGCGAGCCAUCAUUUUCAACCAAAAGGACCUCCCUAAAGACAAAGAAGCAUGGGCUCCGAUAUUCAUAGGCUCCAUAGGCAGUCCGGACCCUGCUUACGGUAGACAACUGGACGGAAUGGGCGGUGGCAUCUCCAGCCUUUCGAAGGCGUGCGUUAUUGGCCCACCCACCGUGCCGGGCGCAGAUGUGGACUACACUUUUGCGGCGCUGGGGGUUUUUGACAGCAGCGUUGACUACUCGAGCAACUGCGGCAACAUGAGCGCCGCUGUAGGGCCUUUUGCCGUCGACUCGGGUCUAGUGCCUGUGCCGCCGGAGAUGGUGUUCAAAGUUGUGAGGGGAGCGCUUUUGACGCCGGGCGAUGACACCGCGGCCAUGUUUACCGUGCGCAUACACAACACAAACACGGGAAAGCUCAUAAACGCGACUUUCCCAAUCGUCCCCGGUGAUGCCGACGCCCCGAGCGGCGUGGAGGCUGCAUCUCAUGGCACGUUCACCAUCGACGGCGUGCCGGGGAGCGCGGCACCUGUGAAGUUGGACUUUGUGAGGCCGGCCGGAUCGCGAACGGGGAAAUUGCUGCCGACGGGGAACCUGGUCGAUCAGGUGGAAACGCCGUUUGGUCGGGUGCGAGCAACGCUCAUCGAUGUAGGCAAUCCGUGCUGCUUCGUGUCCGUCGCGGACCUGGGCGUCGAGGACCCAACCAUGAGCGCCGCUGCAAUCGAUGCGGAUGAAAACUUGUUGAAUAGGCUCGAGGCGGUCAGGCGACGUUCGGCUGUCAUGAUGGGGCUGGCGACGUCCACCGACGAUGUAGCUGGGAGCGUGCCCAAGAUCGGAUUCGUGUCUCGCCCAACCUUUGAUGCAAAGGGUGCUGCCGUAGUCGUGCGGGCGAUGUCGGUAGGGCAGCCUCACAAGGCAGUCCCGGUGACUGUUGCUCUUGCGUUAGCUGCUGCUGCAAAGCUUGACGGAAGUGUUGUUGCCGACUGUGUGGUAGGCAACCAGCAGUCUGUGGAUGGUUCUGGGAGCAUCGACGUCCAUCACGCAAGCGGUUCUUUGACGGUCGGGUCCAAAUUUGAUGCUGAUGGAAAUCUAGAACAUGCGACUGUAUACAGAACAGCCAGGCGUUUGAUGGAUGGAAAGAUUUAUUGGAAGUAAUAGCACAUUGGCGUCUAUCCCGCUCCGAGAAACGCAAGAAUCGUAUCGUUCGGAUGGCCAAGGUCUUUUCGUUUUGCUCUGUUGCUCAAAUAUGGAACAGAGAACCUUGAUGCGCUUGUCUGGCAGUCUCUGAUUUUUGGUAGCCUGUCGGAAAAAUUUGGUCCAACACAAACAGCCGGCUGUCUGUCACUUUCUCUUCACCAGGAAACGACAAGGAACAACGGGCGUUCUACUCCCUAAGCUCAAUAUCAAGCUGAAAAGCUCUACCCAAUUGCCGGUGCGGACUUUUAUCUGAAAAAAUAACAGGUCACAUUGUACAAUUCUUUCAAAUCGACACAUACAAUCAUACCCUUUCCAGCUUCAACUACUGCCACGAAGGUACUGAAAGUGGCCACCAUGAUCAACAGGACUGUCGAAUAUGAGGCCACGCAUGCAACCAGCAAGGGAACCUACGAAAUAUCUCGCUGUGCUAUCCGGGUCAUCGAUGAGGAUUCCAAGGUGGCACGGGACUGGAUACUCAGAGCAAGUCUGGCACGACAAGGCUUGAUUGAAGGGGAAGCUCCCGCAAACGUCAUGGCGUCCUGUGAACGAAUACCCUCUUCGCUCAAUCUACGGCAACUGAAGGAUAUAGAAGAAGAUAUACUGGAGCAAUUUGAUCUCGACAAGUCUGUUAUUCAGUCUGUGGUCAAAGAAAUACGUAAAGUCUUGCUGGCCUAUCAGAGCCUGAUCAGAGGUUGUAACCAGCCCACGGGUCUCGAUCACCAGACGGAUGUCGUCAUGGAACUCGCUUUCAAUCUCGCAUUUCUCGCCUGGAUCUUGGUGUUCAUCAUCAACUAUUGAGAUGUAUCAAGUUACCUUCUCAACCAACAAGACACCAGAGAACAACGAAGACGACAAACCGAGGUCUACAGACAAAUUUCGUGAACGAACCGAGGCACAUAAGUCUUGUGGUUUGACUGGAAGGACUUUUUGCGAUUGGAAUCCCGUCAAAGGUCGAGCUAAUGCACUUUGCCGUUCCAACUCAAUACAAUCCUGGUUUUGCCUCGGCAGGAUCAACUAGUCGCCGCCUUCUCGUCGAAGGAGGUCAGAAGGAAGUUUUCAUGAUGAGUGUGUACAAUAAACCACCCACAAGUGUAUCAUGUAUGGCUGGUUAUUUGGGUAUUGAGGCGUUUUUAUGCUGCCAAGAAGACAGCGGUCAGGCUGGCAUCCAACAGCAAGACUUCACCUCGGUUCGCUUGCAGUAUACCCUGAGAUGCCUCGGCUGUUGGUAAUUGCGGCUGAUCGUAUUCAAUCUCGUAAAGGUAAAGGGAGGAUUUGAAGUGUAGAUAUGCUACAACGAAAAGCCUCAAUAUACAGGCAGACAACGCAAGCAUCACCAAAUUUAGCCUAGGGCUGGGGCUUGAACGAAUCAAAGUCGGUCAACCGAGGAUAUAUCAUUGAUAAACUAUAGGUUUUCAUUGGAUUGGACAAACAAGCCGCC